CGCUGCGCAGAGGAGAAAGAGGCAGCGGCAGCCGAGCGGGACGGGUCAGGGGGAAAGGUCGAGGCGCAGCCGAGCUGAGGGAGCGUUUCCUUGUUCGGCCGUCCCGCCGCCGGGCCAAUUUCAGGGGCGGCGAUGCCGCCACCGCCCUCCUCCCGCCUCCUCUGAGAGAGCGACGGCAGGGAAUCGGGGCCGCCGCGCCCCGCCAGGUCAGCGGAGGAGGCGGCGGCGGCGGCUUCCACGCGGGAUCCGUGAGGUGGCUGGAAGGCAGCAGCAGCAGCAGCAGCAGCAGCAGCGCUUCUUUAAAAGGGCUGUUGGUUUAUUUAUUCCCCGCCUUUUCCCCCUGACAAGGACUCAGUUGACCACUUACCCACCACGUCCAAGCAGCUGCUUUUAUAUUUCGUCGUCGUUGUUGUUUCAUAAAUUUAUACACUGCCUUUCCCCCCUGACCACGUGUCCUCCCGACCUGUCCAAGUCACAGCUGCCAAGUUCUCCCUUUUUUUAAGGGAAAUUCCCUUAUGCUGAAUAGGCUUCCUCACAAGAAAAGGGAAAACUUGGCAGCUAUGGUCCAAGUGGGGUCUGUGUGUGGUUGGAGAUGCCUGGAAAAGAGCACCCUUUUUUUAGAGCAAUUAAUUAUUAUUACAUUACAUAUUUAUUUGUACUCUGUCUUAUUCGCUGUCAGGGAGUCAGUUGACCAGUUCUCUGCUGUGGAGGUGGCUGGAAGGGAGCUGCUGCUGCUAUUUUUUAAAUGACAAUAUUUAUUUAUUUAUUUAUUUAUUUAUUUAUUUUAUUUAAAUCCAUGUACCACUUGAUUGUAGAAAAAAACAACACCCUCAUAGCUGUUCACAAGUAAAAGAUAAAGCAAUACAAGGAUCACUAAAGAAAACAUAAUCUCCAUGAUUUAAUACAGAAGGUUCAAACCACUACAGAACAGACUAAAACGUAUUAAGACUCAAUUAAUUAAUAAAAUUAAUAUACCUCUUUAUUGUAGGAAAAACACUAAUCAGUUUAUAAACAAUAAAAUCAUCACAAAAAUGUUUUCUUACCUCCAUAAUUUAAAACAUAACAGAGUUAAAUCUACAUACUUUCCAAACAUCUGGGUAGGCAAUAAUAUAUUUAUAACCCUGCUCCCCGAACAGGGACUGUUUCUCCGCUUGUUGAUGUAUCUGCUGGUCCUUGUUUCCUCAUACUUUUGUGCGAAGCACUAUAAAGCAGGGUUGUUGAUGUUUUUCUCCUGAGCUGACACUGUCUGGGGUUUUUUGGUAGGAAGGUGCUAAGAGAGGGUCAUUUGUAUUUGGGUUUUGAUGCCGAGGGAUCCCACCCUGUCCUCUACUGCUUUGCUGCAUUCUAUCAACUAUAUGUCCUCCAGUCCUCUCUGGCAAAACAAAAACCAACCUGGAAAAACCAACUUGUGAAUUUCUGUUUGAAGAGUGGACUUGGGGACCACAACAUUCACUCACCCCUUGACACACACUCCUGCAGUCUUACGGAGUGUGGGUAUUCAUAUGCUUUCGUCCUGGUUUGGAAUGGAUGAAGUUGGAAUGGUGGUGUUACAUCUGCUCUCUCUCUGUCUCUGGGCAGUGAGGUGCUUGGGAUCAGGCCUCCCUGCUGCACUAGGAGAGAGAGAAAAGGACUAUGAGUUCCCUUAGUAGUCUUGUCUCCUGAGCAGCAGCAGCAGCAAUAGACACUGCAAGGAGCACAGCCCACUUCUCUGGUGGCUGCUCUUUGCCGCUUGAUCACUCACCAAAGAAGCAGUCAGUUCAACCUGCCACCCAGGGGAGGGCUCCUUCUAACCACCACUCCCCUGCCUUUAUGUGGUGGUGGUGAGGAGGAGCGCUGCUGCCUGCACAGGUGACAUCACAUUAUGUCACAGAAGGAGUGGGGGUGGCAACAACAACAACAACUGGUAACUCUUCUGUUGGUAGUGGUGGCUACUGUGCCCUCAGUGGCCACUGCUUGUGGUUUAUGCUUGUGGGCCCCUUGAGUUGAGCAGCUACCUGCCAGUUCAUACUCUGGCACUAGCACUGCCUGAGUGAGUUAAUGGCAGCAUUAGUGUGGCGCGUACUCACCCAGUCUUGGAAGGGGAGGAAUGCUUGUGUCUCUGCCAUGCUCUGUGUUGGUAGUAGUUUUGAGGUGUAGCCUGCAGGUGGGGGAAGCCAUUUUGAAUAAUUUCUCAUAUUAGAAAACCGCUACAAGUAAGCGAACCUAGAACAUCAGGGAUAAAGAUCCAAGGCCAACCUAUGUAUGGUUAGGUUUCUUCUAUUGAGUAUUUUGAGUAAGGGGGGUCCCCUCUUACCCUGCAGACUGGAUGGUAAGGUAAAAAAAGGUUAAGGACCCAUGUGCGGUUAAGUGCAGUCAAAGGCAACUAUAGGGUGUGGUGCUCAUCUUGCUUCAGGCCAAGGGAGCGGGCGUUUGUCCACAGACAGCUUUCCGGGUCAUGACUAAACCGCUUCUGGUGCAACGGAACACCAUGACGGACGCCAGAGCACACGGAAACACUGUUUACCUUCCCACCGCUGCGAUACCUGUUUAUCUACUUGCACUGGUGUGCUUUUGAACUGCUAGGUUGGCAGAAGCUGGGAAUGAACGAGAGCUCACACCUGUCACUAGUUGUUCAGCAACAGUUAUGAACUCUCGGUUACGAGCACUAGGUGGGAGAAUAAAUAACAUUCGAGCAUCAGAACUACCAAAGGAACGGACCCGAUCUGAGAUCAUUUGCAGUGUCCGCUUUUUGGAUGGCUCAGUGCAAAGCUUCAAAGUUAGUAAACAAGAUACUGGCCAGGUGUUGUUGGAUUUGGCCUUUAAUCACUUGGGUGUGACAGAGAAGGAAUAUUUUGGUUUGCAGCACUGUGAAGACUCAGCAGAUUCAACAAGAUGGCUUGAAUCUGGUAAACUUGUUCGGAAACAGCUAAAAGGGGGUUUCCCUUGUAACCUGCAUUUUCGAGUAAGGUUUUUUAUACCUGAUCCGAACACACUACAGCAGGAGCAAACCAGACAUUUAUUCUUUUUGCAAUUGAAAGCUGACAUUUUGGAAGGAAGGUUGUUAUGCCCUGUUAAUUCAGUUGUGGUACUUGCAUCGUAUGCAGUUCAGUCUCAGCUUGGAGACCAUAAUGGUUCCACCCAUCUUCCAGGAUACCUUUCAGACUAUUGCUUUAUACCAGAGCAAAAUCAAGAUUUCACAACCAAAGUUGAAUCACUGCAUGAACAGCACAGGGGCCUCAGUCAGUCAGAAGCAGAGUCCUGCUACAUUAAUAUAGCAAGAACACUUGAAUUCUAUGGAGUAGAAUUACACAGUGGUAGAGAUCUUCAUAAUCUCGACCUUAUGAUUGGAAUUGCUUCAGGAGGCAUUGCUGUAUAUAGGAAACUCAUUUGCACAAGCUUCUAUCCUUGGGUGAACAUAAUAAAAAUUUCGUUUAAGCGAAAGAAGUUCUUUAUCCAGCAGCGACAGAAACAUAAUGAAUCCAGGGAACACAUAGUUGCCUUCAAUAUGCUAAACUACCGAGCAUGCAAAAACCUGUGGAAAUCUUGUGUGGAGCUUCACACAUUUUUCCAGGCAAAGAAGAUGCUACCUCAUGAGAAGCUACUUUCCCAUUAUUGGACCACGAGUUCUAGAACACCAACCAAAUCUUCUAACACUCAUUACUGCAGAAAAGUAAUAGGUGGUAUGAUUUGGAAUGCAGCUAUGAGGAGAUCUUUGUCAGCUGAACACCUAGAGACCAAAAGUCUUCCUUCUCGGUCUCCUCCAGUUACCCCAAAUUGGCGAAGUCCUAGAUUACGACAUGAGAUUCGUAAACCACGACACUCAUCUGUAGAUAACCUUGCAAAUGAGAUUUCCUAUAUAACUGAAACAGAAGAUGUGUUCUACACCUAUAAAGUUUCCCCAGCUUCCAAGGAUAGUGAUUCAGAGUUGUCCCGGAGUCGCAGCCCAUGGAGAAGCAGAUCAUCAGAACAGGAAUCACCAAAGAACAUAUUGGAAAAUAAUGCAACACAGGAUGUUUUGUCUCAGACUCUCAAUGGAGUUGGCAACCUUUCAGGGUCUCAUCCUUUGAAUGGAACAGAUAAACAGUCUUUAGAAACAAAUGAAAAUGUUUCAAAAGGACUUUUAAUGGAUGACUCCAAUCAAUACUACUUUGAUAAGAAUGAAGUUAUUGAUGGAGACUUGCUUUUGAUACGCAUUUUGCCAGAUGAAGAUGGAAAAUUUGGAUUUAACCUGAAGGGGGGCAUUGAUCAGAAGAUACCUCUAGUUGUGUCCAGAAUCAUUCCAGGUUCCCCUUCUGAUAAAUGCAUUCCAAAAUUGCUUGAAGGUGAUCAGAUAGUAUUAAUCAAUGGCCGGGACAUCUCUGAGCACACACAUGACCAAGUAGUGAUGUUUAUAAAAGCCAGCAGAGAGUCACAUACACGUGAGCUUGUACUUCUGAUCAGGCGGAAAGUUCUUAGACCAUUUGUUGAGAACAAGUUGGAAGAUGAAGCUGAUGGAUCUAGUUUUCUGGAAACAAUUAUUCCCAACUGUUCUGAGUAUGGUGAGACUUUAGAAGAAUCAAUGGAGCAACUAAAGAAAGGACUAGAAAGUGGAACUGUCCUAAUUCAGUUUGAACAACUUUAUAGAAAAAAGCCAGGAUUAGCUAUUACUUGUGCAAAGCUACCUCAGAACAUGGAGAAAAAUCGGUACAAAGAUGUUCUGCCAUAUGAUAUUACUCGAGUAAUAUUACAAGGAAAUGAUGAUUACAUAAAUGCAAAUUAUGUUAACCUGGAAAUUCCUCCUGCAGGCAUUGUGAACAAAUACAUAGCCACUCAAGGGCCUCUUCCACACACCUGUGUUCAUUUCUGGCAAGCAGUUUGGGAUCACCGAUUAUCACUGAUUAUCAUGUUGACAACUCUUACAGAACGAGGGCGGACCAAAUGUCAUCCUUAUUGGCCUGAUCCUCCAGACGUUCUGGAUUAUGGCAACUUUCGCGUCAAGUGUCGAUCUGAAGAUUGUACCAUUGCUUACGUGUUUAGAGAAAUGGUUAUUACAAAUAUUGAAACAGAGGAAGAACACACAGUCACUCAUCUCCAGUAUGUGGCUUGGCCUGAUCAUGGUGUUCCUGACGAUUCCACAGACUUUUUGGAAUUUGUGACCUACAUGAGAUCAAAGAGAGUGGGAAAUGUGCCAGUUCUUGUUCACUGCAGUGCUGGAAUAGGCCGGACUGGAGUAUUGGUUGCUAUGGAAACAGCUCUGUGCUUAAUUGAAAAAUGCCAACCUGUUUAUCCACUGGAUAUUGUACGAAAGAUGCGAGACCAUCGUGCUAUGAUGGUGCAAACAUCAAGUCAGUACAAAUUUGUCUGUGAAGCUAUUCUUCAUGUUUAUAAAGAAGGACUAGUUCGCCCGCUGGAUUCCAGUUAGCAUAAAUGGGAAGAAAUGGAGUUCAUCUUUCUAAAGACACAUGUCAAGCCCAAGUGGUUUGUGGUGAUAGAUUAUGGCAGAGCUCGCCAAGGCUUUGGGGAAGAGAAAGCAAGUUUGUACUGUGGCACUUUAAAAUUCUGUGGGAAAUUACUGAACCAUGUAAUCUACAUAUGAAUCAGGUAAGUUUGUAAAGGCAUGUGAUGUGGAAUGUAACGCACACAGAAAACAAGAAAAAAAUCUUGAUGUACUCGCUGUAUGCACCUUUUAUUGCCUUAAAACAUUUUUCAUUAGAAGAUUCCAGUGCUCUCCACUGUGACCUGAGGAAGACCAACCAGCAAUAUCAAUGGAAAAGCAACCUAAUUAUUUGAAGAGCCAAGUGCCUUCAUUGCCUAAAGAGUUGAGUAUUCCACAACUCCCACAAAAUUGGACUGAAUCAUCCCAAUACCAGUUAACAUUGGCAAUAUUACUUUGCUCAGGCAUAUUUAUGAAAUGAAAUACCAAGGGCUGGAGCAAUGGCACUGUAUGUAACCUCUGUAAAUCUAUCUGCAUUACUGAUCAACAUAUUUAAAGCAGGCAGAGAUCAUGUGAUAUGCAGAAAGGGCAGUGGGGCAACUGUAUGUGAAAGAGGAUACUAUCUGUCUUCCACUGGUUAUUUUUACCUGCUCUUUAUCUUGUUAAUUCUUCCACAUGUUUGUUCUGAGACGGGUGAUGCUUUUAAAUUCAGUUUGUUUGAUCUGCUCCUCUGUUUCGAAAUCUGUUGUUCUUCAGAUACAGAUAGCAAAGUGUCUUUUACUGUUAGUGUAAACAUUUUCAUCAGAUGCUGGAAGACUAUUUACUGCUGACAUAAAUAUACUGUUGCUGCUAAAAUGUAAAGGGCAUAAAUGUUCAGAUGCUAAAACACUUAGUUCAUUGUCCAUCAGAUCUACCCUGAUCGUGGGCCAAUUCUUCCAUUGCUUUAGCAACAUCACUGCUAUUGCUAAGCCAUCCCAUUGUGUUCAGCUUUCAAAUAACACAUGGAUGCUUAUUAUGUAUGGCUUGGUCAGAUCUUGUGGAUGGAUCUAUAAGUACCCCUCCUCAGUUGCGGGAUCACUUCUGCUUGCAUUUUGAAGUAUCUAUGAAAUUUGUCCUACAUGUGGAUAUACAAGGAAAAACAGGCUGCCGUGCAGCAGCAAGAAUACUACAAACAAACAAACAAACAAACAAACAAACAAACAAACAAAAUCUAUUUAUCUAGAAUGGUGAAUAAUCUUUAGACUUGUCCACAAAGAAGAGCCAUGGCUUUAAAAGUGUAAUAAGCUUAUAAUGCAACCCUGUGCAUGCUAGCUCAGACGUUCCGCUAUCUUCAAAGCCACUUACUCCCUAGUGAGUAUGUUUAUGGCUGCAGCCUUAAUUAAUUUAUUAGACAUAUAGCAUUUGAGGUUUCUGUGUGUGGAUACAAACAUUUGUAUGAUGACAGCAUGAGAGUCAGCAAUGGUGUGAGUGGCUUAGGAACAGCAAUUGCUCUACAAAGGUAUUACAGUAUACGAAUUGAUUUUGUUAUGUGAUGUGAGUGAAAUGUUGAAAAAACCUGGAUGCACCUCAAUGUAUGUAAAGUAUGAAUGAGUUGUACUUUGGUAAUUUGCUUUAAGGUACACUGGUCUCAGUUUCAUUUCAAGGGAGAGAAUUGAAAUAAGUCAUCACUGUAUGGUAUUUAAUAAUUUGUCUUUGUCAAUAAGUGUAUAAAUUAAAUUAAAAGAACAUGUGGAAUAUAUCAUCAUGGACUAAAAUUAUGUAUAUAAAGGCUAGUUCUGAGAAAAAUCAUCCAGAAAUUUAAGAAACAUUGUGUAUAUGUUUAUAUUAAAACCUAUUUUUUCUCUUUAAUUACAAAUGUAGCAGUGCAGAAUUGAAUUACAAAUGUAUUGUAGUUUUCCCAAGAAGUUCUUUUUCUCCUCCCCCUUUUUCAGUCUGGAAUCAAAAGGUUUCAGAAUGAAUGUGAUACGGUGACCCUCAAUGCUCUGAAAUGAUGGUUUCAUGAGGAUCAGGUUUUGCAUAUUUUUGUUUCAUCUUCCAUUUCACUCCACAGCUUCUGAGGUGAUCAUCUACAUCAUACUUGCAGAUCAUUCUGAUUAUCUCACAUGGUCAUUUCAAGUUGAAUAUUAAUGAUCAGUUAAUAGCAUAGAGAGUCAUACAAAUAUUCUAGAAGCCACAAAAGCUUUGACUUCUCCAUCUGGAGUAUUCCUUGUUUUCAAGGUACAAUUUUUUAUUGGUGAAUUAUACCUUAGGGUACUGCAACCCCCCUGCUUGCUCAUUCAUGAAAAAUAUUUCUGUUGUGUGUCUUGCACUUGGAUUAGGUCCUCAGAGCAGUUUAUAGCCAAGUGUCAUAAAGCCGUAUUGAAAAGCAAUUGUGAAACAACAGCACGAAAAUUAAACCUAUGUAGAAGAUAGAUGCAUCUGGAAAAAUGAUAGGUGUGAAUCCUGUAUGCAUUGCUUUUAAAAUGAUUUCCGUGCACCCAUUCUAAAUGUGCACAGAACACAGGACAACAUCCAGAGCCCUGGGGUUGCUGUGCAAUGCUCAGUUGCGGAGGUAGUUGCAUACUGAGUCCUGGGCAGUGCCUCCCCUUCAACUCUGUAUUCACCAGUGGUGCUUGGAGUUCUUCCAACAAGAGAGUCAGGAUGCACUCCGAGUCAAGGAGAAGCUGGGAUGGUGCUUUCUGGAAACUGCAGCCACCACAGACACACACCCCAGUGACUGAAGUUUGGGUAGGCAGGUGGGGCGGUGACAACAGGGGCAACUUCCCAUUUAGCUUCAGGCAAUGAAACAGGGCAGGCUGCCCCUGCCAGCAGAUGUCUACCAGAGGAAGCAAUAGCCCUUUCCUCUUCUGCAAAAAAAGGUGUUUGGUUUUCCCAUCAUAUGGCACCAGGUGACUGCAGGUGGGUGUGGGUUGCCCAAAAUGGCCUAAUGCACCAGAGAGGUGUGACGGACCUCACUAGGCCUGCAAGUCAGAAGUCCUCCACCACCACCAAGCUGUAGUUAUGCAGAUGGGCCUUUGCAAAGCUAUGGCUGGAACAUGGAUGAUUUUAGAACAAAUGCUAAUUAGGAUGUGUAUUUGGAACAUAUAAAAUGAAAAUGAAAGGGCUCCCAUUCAUGUUGCUAGGCUUCUUGUAUAGUGCAUUCAAGUGUCACAAGGUGCUUCAGUGUCUUGCAAACCUUACAAAACCCCAUGUUACUAUCCGCAAUAUUGCAUAUAUGGGAACUGAGGCUGAGCAAGGGGAGGGGGGUGUUGACCUAAGACAGGCAUCCCCAAACUUCGGCCCUCCAGAUGUUUUGGACUACAAUUCCCAUCACCCCUGACCACUGGUCCUCUUAGCUAGGGAUCGUGGGAGUUGUAGGCCAAAACAUCUGGAGGGCCGCAGUUUGGGGAAGCCUGACCUAAGACCUAGUGAAUUCAUGACAGAGGUGAGAUUCAUACUAGGGGUUCUAUGCAACACUCAGCUGUGGGUGGCAAGACUCAGUCGUGGAUUAAACUUCUAGCUCGUUAUUUCUAAGUUCCUCCAGCAACUAAAUUAGAAUAGAUGUUUAAAGAAAAAGGAACAUGUGAUUUACAAAAUGGAAAGUUUGAUUUCUAUCAGUCCUAUUUUUAGGAAUUUAAAACCAAAUUUUAAAUCAAUCUACCCUUUUAAGUACUUAGAGGGCAUUAUUUCCAAGAAAACAUUAAUUCUGAAGUAUACUUAUUCAUCUUCCUUAAAUGGUCACACCUGGAAAGAAAACUCACUGAAUACAAAAUGAUUUCAACAGGUAUUUCUAGAAUGGAUAGAAAUAUUGGAAGCAUUCAAUUUGCUGUUGUUAAUAUAGUACUCAUCCUUUAUUUAGGUUGAAUUAUUUUCGAACGAAUGCUAAUUAGGAUGUGUAUUUGGAACAUAUAAAAUGAAAAUGAAAGGGCUCCCAUUCAUAUUUAUUUCAGAAUUAAUAAAUAUGAAUUAAAUGAAAGUUGAAGUAAUCCUGAACAAUCCCUCAUUAAGGUUUUUUUUUUCCCACCCCCAUUCCUGCUGCCAACUUUAAUAUUUAUUUGGCUUUGCACAUGAACCUCACUCUUUGUAGGCAGGCAGCUAUAUCUUUUGGCAACCAUGUUGCCAAAAGUAAGCAGAAAUAGAGCAGAAAAGUCAGCAGAAAUAGAGAUAUGAAGGUACAGAGUGGGCAUGAAAACCAGAAAAGAUGGUGGCUGCUUCCAGGCUACUUCUGUUCUGCAGCUGUUUUGCAUACCAUACUGGAAAAUCCAGGUUGUGAAAUGACAGUGGAUUUGCCAUUCUUGCACAACAAACCUACCUAUUUCCACCCUAUCAGUCUUUUUACAAUAAGGAAAGUGAUGUGCAAACACUUGUGUGUGGAGGGGGGGGUAACAAUUGUAUGAUAAAUCAUUGUAUAAUUGGGGUAAAAAUAGACUGUAGGCCAGAGGUGGGUGGUGUCCAUUGGGCUUGGUUGGGUGGAAGGCAAGGAGGCCAAUAGCAGGGAGGAAGAGCCAAUGAUGGGCAGAGUUAGCCCAAUUGGUUGUAAGUGCUUGUCCACACUUCUGAUUGCCUGGCUGCUGCUUGCUGCUGAAUUGGAGCAAACCUCAAUCAGGGCUGGAUCUUCAUACAGGAAAAACCCACUAUAAGUCAUAAAUUAAAUCGUUUUAACAAAAGAAAAAAACCUGUAUUUAAAAUCAUAUAGAAAAGUUUUGUGCUCUACAGCGCCAUAUGGUGUUGCAUGUUUAUAAUGCAUUAAAACACUUCUUUUGGCUAAUGUAGCUGAGUCCCAGGUUUUCCGUGGAUUGGCAUUUGUUCUUAUUCAGUAGUAAAGAGUGGGUUUUCUGGGGAAAGUGGUGGGGCAAAUGGAAACCUGCUCAGACCCCUGCCUAGAAAGUACAGGAGAAGCGGAAGGCCACUCAGAACCAUGCUUUUUAGGUGUGGGAAAGGCAAAGUGCAGACAAGCCCCGAGAAGGCUUGCUGAGGUUGAUGGCCCUUAAGUCCCAGCCUCUGUACUGGUAUCCUAAUCUGAAAGAUGUGAUUAUCCAGCAUAAUGUAUGUUCCUUGAAAAUGUAAGCCUAAUCUAACUGGACCUAAUCUAUUUUAUGAAACUGUACAGUCACCCAGAAAAUGUAUCUCUGAAAGCAGGGGGAAAUAGUACAGACGCCACAUCUGCAGUUCUUAAAAGAUGGAGCAUGGAUUGGCAGACAUGAGCAUUGCAGUCAAUACCAAGGAAGAAAAACUGACACUGUUCUAAGGACCUAAGUAUAAGCAUGUUUGAAUAAGUUUCCUGCUCUGCAAUGCAAUUGAAUAAGUUUCCUGCUCUGCAAUGCCUCAGCCCUGUUCAUCAAAGAAAACAGCAACCAGAACAUAAGAUGGCAUACUUCUAAAACUGACUGUGGUGCACAAUCUUAUAAGUAGGGCCCUUUCAAAGAACCUUUCAACAGUUGUGCUUCAAUCCUAAUUUGUUUACACGGUGUUUGUGUCCAUAGCUGCCAAGUUGUCCCUUUUUUAAAGGGAUUUUCCCUUAUGCUGAAAUAGGCUUCCUCGUGAGAAAAGGGAAAACUUGGCAGCUAUGUUUGUGUCUCCCUAUUUAGCAUUCAUUCAUUCAUACCCUACUUUUCAAUGCAUUUCCUAUCACUUUCUAAACUGCAAAAAAAUACUCUUUUAAAAGUGAGAUUUGUUGUAGUAGGGCAACAGUCAGCACCUAGCAGUUCAAAAGCACGUCAGAGUGCAAGUAGAUAAAUAGGUACCGCUCCGGCGGGAAGGUAAGCAUUUCCGUGCACUGCUCUAGUUUGCCAGAAGCGGCUUUGUCAUGCUGGCCACAUGACCUGGAAGCUGUACGCCGGCUCCCUCGGCCAAUAACACGAGAUGAGCGCCGCAACCCCAAAGUCAGU